AUGUGUCUAAAAGUGUUAUGGAUUUUCGCAUUCAUUUGUGCAAGCUGCAGUGGAACGCACGCUUCGAAAUACGUCACCAAAUACGAUAGUAUUAACUUGGAUGAGGUCUUCAAAAGUACUAGGUUGUUGAAUAACUAUCUGAACUGUUUGAAAAACCUUGGUCCCUGUACACCGGAUGGAGUAGAGCUGAAGGACAAGUUACCGGAUGCCCUCGAAAGUGACUGCGAACAUUGCUCCGAGAGACAGAAAACGGGAGCGGACAAAGUGAUCCAUUUUAUAAUUGAAAACCGCCCGGAGGAUUUCCGGGUGCUGGAAUCGCUGUACGAUCCAACUGGAGAGUAUCGCCGGAAGUACCUGGACGAUCGACAACAAUUUCGAGAGGUUCCGUCAAAAUCAUCAUCUGAUGAAGCAAUUACAGACGAUACUACGGACGACGCUGGUGCCGAUGCGGGUACCGAUGAGACAAAGGAUCAAGAGGCAACCGGAGAAGAUGCCGAAAGCACCACCCGCUCCGGUGCAGACGCUGUCGUGAGCCGCUCCUGUAGAGAAUGUAGAGCCGUCAAGAGCUGUCCCGACAUUAAAACAUAUGCUACUCCUCGUGCUUCUUCUCUGUCAGUACUGGAGUUUAAUUUCAUCUCUGCUAAGGUUGCUCGUAUUCCGGCUGACGAGGCUACGGGGAGGUACGCGAGGCACCGAUGGCGAUGUAACGUAUUAUUCAACCGUUUACCAACCACAGCAGGUAUUUACCGUAACUCGCAUACUAGCGAUGAAAAUGCCGGAUUUUCCGCCUGCGAGUUAGCUGAACUGUUGAGUUAUCCCAAAGCCCCGAUGUGUGAUGUUCUGAAACGAUUUGAAAGUGGCAGAAAAGUAAAGGUACAAAUUUCUCCACCAACCAUGAAAUUCAUCGUCGUUGCCCUGGCCCUGGUUGUCCUGGUGGCUGCUCAGGAUGACAAGUACACCACCAAGUACGACAGUAUCGACGUGGAUGAGAUCCUGAAGUCGGACCGUCUCUUCAGCAACUACUUCAAGUGCCUGAUGGAUGAGGGCGCCUGCACUCCUGAAGGCAACGAGCUGAAACGAGUUCUGCCGGAUGCGCUGGAGAACAACUGCUCCAAGUGUAGCGAAAAGCAGAAGGAAACUAGCACCAAGGUCAUCAAGAAUCUGACCGAAAACCGCCCGGAACAGUGGAAGGCCCUGAAGGCCAAGUUCGACCCCGACAACAAGUACAUCGAAAAGUAUUCCGAGGAUGCCGAUAAGGACGGAAUCAAGCUGUAG